UAAAAAAAGCGCAUUGAAUUAGGUUUGUCACUUGCAUAAAAUGAAUACUGCUUUAUUUUUUUUUUUUAAUUAAAUACUGAAAUCCAGCUAAAUUAUUAUCGGAGCCGGUGUGAAAAUUGGACUAUGAGCGUGGCACCGCCCAGUUUUUGGUGAAAUCCAAUAUCUCAGGACCCGAUAGACCGAUUUUGACUAAAUUUAGUAUGUGGCAUUUUUUUAAGUGUGAAAUGAACGACAUCGGGCGACAUCGGACUACAAUCCCCAUAUAACAACAAUCAUAUCGGUCAUUAUGUGAGAUAUUCAAUAGAAAUUCGGACAGAUGGUAUUUCUGCAUAUCGAAAAUGAGUUGAAUCGGGGCAAUAUUUCCCUGAGCCCCCAUAUACGAGGUAUGUCAAUUAAGUAAUGAGACUGAUUCCAUAAAAACCGUAUAUUUGAAAAUUAUUCUACUACUCUGCCAUCCCCUUCAAAGUAGUCCUCUUGGGCAGCUAUACAGCGAUCCCAGCGCGUUUUCCAUGCUUCGUAACAGUUCUGGAACGCUUCGACUGGGAUGUCGCGAGUACCCUUGUCACGGCCGCCUGGAUGUCCGUAGUCGAUUCAAAAUGGGUUCCUUUGACCACCGAUUUUGUUUUAGGAAACAAAAAAAGUCACAGGGUGACAUGUCAGGAGAAUAAGGCGGCUGUUGCAACACGGCGAUCCCUUUAGAGACCAAAUACUGGGACAUGCUGAGGGCGGUGUGGCACGGUGCGUUGUCGUGAUGAAGGAUCCAGCUACGAGCGAUGUCUGGGCGUACUCUGUUGACUCGUUUUCGGAAUCUUUCGAGUAUUUGGCAGUAGUAGACUUGAUUCACAGUUCUCCCCGGUAGAACGUAUUCUUUGUGGACGAUUCCACGGCUAUCAAAAAGGCAAUAAUCAUCGUUUUCACCUUCGACUUGCUCAUGCGAGCUUUUUUCGGGAGGGGGCGCGCGGAGACAACAAUUGUGAGCCUGGCCACGACUAAGAGCACUAUCACCAUACACUCUUACAAUUUUAGCGUACGUUUCUGAAGCUGUUUCGCCCAAUCUGGCGCAAAAUUUUAUCGCGACGCGUUACUCUUGGUUUCGUUUUUCCAUUUUCGUGACGAGCACUACAAACACACAUCUCCUCAACUUGACGCAGCAGGAGAACUAAACAAGCUAGAGCGAUGGUACAUAUAUCAAUGGAGAGGGGAGGGAUGCCGGAAAAAGAGAAAGGGAAUUUCAAGGUCACAGGUUUACCGCAAUCGCGGCAAUAAAAUCAGUCUCAUUACUUAAUUGUCAAACCUCGUACAUACAUAAUAUCAAGUUUUUUUUACGUCGUUUACGUUUAAAGUCGUUGAAAGCAUACAAAUUACAGCUUUUGCAAAAAGAACGAAUUUUCCAAGCGUAAUCGCUUUGCUAUAUGGCCUCUCGUAAAGUUCACAGAUGAUCCGUUGUUUUCGAGCCACAUUUUGUUUAGCGAUGAGGGCCAUUCCUGACUCAAUGGGUAUGAGAACAUGCGUAAUUGCCGCAUUUGGGACAAAGAGCAAAAUGAAGGGAUUCUAGAUGUGCCAUUUCAUCCAGAAAAAAACAACGGUUUGUUUUGGUUUUUAGCUUAAAACAUUCUCUCUGCUAAUUUACUUAAUUUAAUAUUAGGUUUAUUAUAUAAUAUUUGAACAGUUGCUUCCUAUGUACUUCCAGUAGGUGAUUACUUCCGCACUUAACGUAAUUUAAGGAAACUUUGGACGCUAGUCAGUCACAGUCAACGCAAAGCACUACAAUGUCGCACACGCACUUGAAGUUAGUAAUUUCUGCUUUCAUGUUUCUGUGGCUAUGCCACAGAACAACAUUAGCAGCUAAGGCUAGUCUUCGGAUAACUGGUGGUCGAACUACGACCAUUGCAAGGGCACCUUAUAUGGUGCAAAUCCGUUACAAUGGUAAAUUCGAGUGUGGUGGCACUUUGAUAUCGACAACUCACGUCCUGACAGCUGCACAUUGUAUCAAAGGCAAGAGACGCGCUGGCUUCAUCAUACAUGCAAAUACCACUAGGUUAUCACAGGCGGGCAUAAGACGCCGCGUCUCAAGAGCGUUCGUACCGCGUAGAUUUACGACAGCAACUAAAAGAAUGGAUGUGGCUGUAUUGAAGUUAGCCGCAGCUAUCAAUGGCACCUAUGCACAACCGAUUGGCCUGUGCAAUACUACAUUGACUGCUGGACUUAGAUUGACAGUCUUAGGCUGGGGAACGACUUCGGAAAGUAGUAGUACUGCAUCGAAUGUUUUGCGUAGAGCAAAUGUACCAGUUAUACGAAAAGCGAAAUGCCGAAAAGAAUAUAGCGGUAUUCAAACUCUGACAAGGACCAUGUUUUGUGCUGGUGUACCUGGGACCAAAGACUCAUGCUCGGGUGAUUCUGGUGGCCCGGCAGUACACAAUGGACGUGUGUGCGGCAUUGUCUCGUUUGGUUAUGGCUGUGCACGUCCAAACUAUCCUGGUGUCUAUACGAGUGUACCGAUGGUGCGAAGAUUUAUAAACCGUGCAUUGGCACAAUAAUGUCAAUAUCUAUUGUAAUUUGUUUUGUUUACCGCAAUAAAUAUUU